AUGAAGAUCCUGCAGCAGCUCCUUGCCACAAAAAAGAAGCGCCGGAAAAUUCCAUGGCGAGCUGAGCUGGAGAAGAUGCAGGCCAAACUCACAGAAGAUGGCAGCGCUGCCAAGAAGCUUUGUGAGGAAGUGGAUGCAGAAGAGAUCGCAGCCGAGAAAGAAUCGGCUGAAGAACGCUUGCAGCAGCUUGAUGGCCAUCGACCUCGCUGUGAGGAGCUGUUGCGUGUGCUUGGCCCAGAUAUUGCAAAGAGAGGUUGUUUGGAGGACUGGGUUGCGUUGACCAACAGCUCUUUCGAGGCCGAAUUGUUGGAGAAGUUGUUGGUUUCGCAGUCAAAGGAGCAGGCCCAGAACCUUUGGGAGCUUCACGAAGCUUCGAACUCCAUGGAUUUUUUCCGCCGAACGGUGGCAGCUUUGGCUAUGGGGAAGCCCGAGGACCGGUCUUGUUCCGUUUGCAUGGAAGACGACCUCCCAUUACAAAAGCUUGCAAUUACUCCGUGUGCUCAUGCAUUUUGUAUCUCAUGUCUUCGAGAUAUUGUGGCCAAGUUCAGCAAGUGCAGCCUGUGCCAGCGUUCUUUAGCGAAAAAGGAUGUCAGGGCCCUGGUCAGUGAGUUGGAAGGGGCGCAGGACAAAGAGCCGCCGCAGGAAAACACUUCAGGCAUUCGUUUGGACAAGUAUGGCACGAAACUCGCGGUCCUGGUUCAGAAGUUCAAUGACCUUCGGCGUCAAGAUGGGGAAGCAAAGAUCAUCUUGUUUGUGCAGUUUGACGACUUGAAGCGAAAGGUUUGCACAGCCUUGAACGAGUUCGGCAUUCCUUGCGCAACGCUCCAGGGUUCUGUUGGCGAGCGAGCUGGCAUCAUUCGAGAUUGGCAGAACAACCCGCAGUCGGACACGUUUGUCCUGCUUUUGUCUUUGGCGCAAUCUGCGUCAGGUACAAACUUGACUGCGGCAAGUCACGUGGUGUUUCUCCAUCCAAUGCUGGCUCCUGCAGAGCGUGCCGUCGGCUAUGAAAUGCAGGCCAUAGGGCGAGCCCGCCGUCAUGGUCAACGACGUGACGUGGUUCACGUCUGGAGAUUUGUGACCGCAGACACUUUGGAGCAGCAAAUCACCGAACGGCAUCAAGGUGCUCUUUGGGCACUUGAGCAGGAACGCCAAGCGCGGGAACAAUCUCCAGCGCGUCUCAGACCGUGA